AUGGGGGAGCUGGGUCAGGCCCUGGGUGGGGAGGAGGGGGCCGAGGUGGUGGCCAGGUAUAAAGCCUGGGUGAGGAGAGAGGCCAUGGUGGCUGCCAGCGAGGCAACAAGGGCCACCAUGGAGAGACAGCGGGUGGAGGCGGCCCUGGGGCUGCUGGAGCGCUUGGUGGCCGCGUGUGACGAAGCCACCGCGUUCCCCCGGGAGCUGCAGUGCCUGCUUAGGGACAUCGAGGCCACCCUGAAGGGGACAAAUGAGGCGUCCCCCGAUGUCCCCGAGGACUUGGUGGCCAAGGUGGCCGUGGCCGAGCAGCUGUGGGAGGCCAACGCCCGCCUGGCCACGCAUCACCUGGUGGGGACACUACCAGACAUCAUCAAGUUGUUGUUCACUGGUGGUCCCGACUGCCCCAGUGCCUGUGGGGUGGCCGAGCGGUGCCAAAGAGCCAUCGAGGACAUCCCAAGUCUCCUUCGACCCCUGGAGCACCUCGAAGGAAUCCCCAAGGUGUCUCCAGUGAGCAUGGAGCCCCAAGAGCUGUCCCCAGCUGUGCUGUUGCCACAGGUCACCGUGGUGGCCAUCCUGGGCGAGCUGCUGGACACCCUGCCCAGUCGGGCCGAGAUGAUGCAGCCCUGGUCCCCAUUCAGCCUGCACUGGGACCUGGUGAGAUUCACCGAGGAUCUCCAAGUCACCCUGCACUGCACUGAUGACACCUGGUGGUGCCACAAUGUCACCUCCAAUGAUGAUGACCCUCUCACCUCCCUGAGCCAGGCCCUGGCCGCCUACAAGAGCACCCCUGGGACCGCACGGAACCGUGUGACAAUGGCGGCCAGCAAGUGGCGCCAGUCGGUGUCUGUGCUUGUGUACAAAUGGGUCUGCCUGGGCAGACAAGCCACCCAUCUUCCCUACGCCUGCAGGAAGGUGCUCACUGAGGCAGCCACUGCCACCAGCCGGGCCAGGGAGCUGCAGGACGAGGCUGCCCGUGAUGGGACAGCUCAGGAAAACAUGGUGGAGCUGGGUCAGGCCCUGGGCAGGGAGGAGGGGGCCGAGGUGGUGGCCGGGCAUGGAGCCCAGCUGUCCCCAGCCCUGCUGCAGCCACAGGUCACCACUGUGGCCAUCCUGGACAAGCUGCUGGCCACCCUGCCCAGGCGGGACAAGAUGAUGCUCGUGUCUACAGUGAGCCUGUACUGGGACCUGGUGGAUUUCACUGAGAACCUCCGGGUCACCCUGUACUGCAUUGAUGACACUUGGUGGCACUGCAAUGUCACCUCCGAUGAUGAUGAUGAUGAUCCUGUCACCUCCCUGAGCCAGGCCCUGGCCACCUACAAGAGCAACCCACAGACCACCCAGAACCACGUGACAAUGGCGGCCAGCAAGUGGCUCCGGUCGGUGUCUGUGCUUGUGGACAGGUCCACCGAGCUGGCCAGGGCAGCCACCAAGCUCCGCAACACCUGCAGGCAGGUGCUCAUGGAGGCAGCCAAAGAGGCGGCCACCGCCACCGCCCAUGCCAGGAAGCUGCAGGACACAGCUGCCUGUUAUGGGACAGCUCAGGAAAACAUGGGGGAGCUGGGUGAGGCCCUGAGCAGGGAGGAGGGGGCUGAGGUGAUGUCUCGGUAUAAAGCCCAGGUGAGGAGAGAGGCCAGACUGGCAGCCAGUGAGGCAACAAGAGCCACCAUGGUGAGACAGCGGCUGGAGACGGCCCUGGGGCUGCUGGAACGCUUGGUGGCCACGUGUGACGAAGCCACCGCAUUGCCUCGGGAGCUGCAGCGCAGGGUUGGGGACAUUGAGGCUGCCCUGAAGGGGACAAAUGAGGCAUCCACCAAUGUCCCUGAGGACUUGGUGGCCAAGGUGGCCAUGGCCGAGUGGCUGUUGGAAGCCAAUGCCUGCCUGGUCAAGGAUCACCUGCUGGGGACACUUCCAGACAUCACCAAGUUCUAUAUCAACGGUGCUCCCACCAGCCCCAGUGCCUGUGAGGUGGCCGAGCGGUGCCAAAGAGCCAUCAAGGACAUCCCAAGGCUCCUUCGAUCCCCGCAGCACCUCAGCAGUGUCCCCAAGGUGUCUCCAGUGAGCAAGGAGCUCCAAGAGCUGUCUCUGGCCCUGCUGCAGACACAGGUCACCGUGGUGGCCAUCCUGGGUCAGCUGCUGGCCACCCUGCCCUGUCAAGACGAGAUGAUGCAGCUCCUCGAAUCCCCAGGGUGCCUAUACUCGGUCCUGGCAAACUUCGUCAUGGAGCUCUGGAGCACCAUGCUAGACACUGAGGGCAUCUGGUGGCGCUGCAUUUUCAGCUUUCAUGGUGAUGAUGACCCUCUCACCUCCCUGAGCUGGGCCCUGGCUGCUUGGGAAAGCACCCCAUGGACCACCUGGGACCAUGUGACAUGGACCGCCAGCAAGUGGCAGUGGUCGGUGGCCAAUCUCGUGGACAGCUGGGCCGAGCGGGCCAGGGCAGCCACCAAGAUCCGCAACACCUGGAGGGAGAUGGCUGCUGAGGGGGCCAACAUGGUGGCCACCUUCACCAUCCUGGCCAGUGAGCUGCACGCCAAGGCUGCCCGUUAUGGGACAGCUCAGGAAAACAUGGUGGAGCUGCGUCAGGCCCUGGGCAGGGAGGAGGGGGCUGAGGUGGUGGCCAGGCAUGGAGCCCAGGUGAGGAGAGAGGCCAGGGUGGCUGCCAGCCAGGCAGCAAGGGCCACCAAGAGGAGACAGCGGGUGCAGGUGGCCCUGGGGCUGCUGGAGGGCUUGGUGGCCGCGUGUGACAAAGCCACCACACUCCUCCGGGAGCUGCAGCGCAGAGUUGGGGAGAUCGAAGCCACCCUGAAGGGGACAAAUGAGGCAUCCACCAAUGUCUCUGAGGACUUGGUGGCCAAGGUGACUGAGGCCGAGUGGCUGUGGGAGGCCAACGCCCGCCUAGCCAAGGAUCAUCUGGCAGAGACACUUGAGGACAUCAUUCGCUUCUAUUUCGAUGAUGAUUCCGCUGUGCCCAGUGCCCGUGGGGUGGCUGAGCGGUGCCAAAGAGCCAUCAAGGACAUCCCAAGGCUCCUUCGACCACUGGCGCAUCCCCAGAGAAUCCCCGCCGGGUCCCCAGUGAGCAUGGAGCUCCAAAAGCUGUCCCCCGGCCCCCUGCUGAGCCCGCAGGUCACCGUGGUGGCCAUCCUGGGAGAGCUGGUGGCCACCCUGCCCAGGCGAGAGGAGGAGAUGCUUGUGUUCAUGUCCCCAGGGUGCCCGUACUGGGACCUGGAGAACUUCACCAAUGAGCUCUGGGUCACUCUGUACCGCAUUGAUGACAGCUGGUGGCGCCGCAAUGUCACCUCCAAUGAUGAUGGCCCUGUCACCUCCCUGAGCCAGGCUCUGGCCACCUACAAGAGCACCCCAGGGACCACCUGGGACAAAGUGACAAUGGCAGCCAGCGCGUGGCAGUGGUCGGUGUCUGUGCUUGUGGACAGCUGGGCCAAGCUGGCCAGGAAGGCCACCAAGCUCCGGAAUGUCUGCAGGGAUUUGGCCACCAAGGCGGCCAAAAAGGCGGCCACUGCCACCGCCUGGGCCAGGGAGCGGCAGGACGAGGCUGCCCGUGAUGGGACAGCUCAGGAAAACAUGGAGGAGCUUGGGGUCCGUGGCCAGGGCAGGGAGGAGGAGGCUGAGGUGGAAUCUGGGUAUGAAGCCUGGAUGAGGGAAGAGGCCAUGGAGGCUGCCAGCAAGCCCACCGCGUUCCCCCGGGAGCUGCAGCGCAGGGUCAGGGACAUCGAGGCAACCCUGUGGGGGACAAAUGAGGCAUCCCCUGAUGUCCCUGAGGACUUGGUGGCCAAGAGUGUGGCCCCUGUGGGCUGUCCCCAGCCCCUGCUGCAGCCACAGGUCACCGUGGUGGCCAUCCUGGGCGAGCUGCUGGCCACCCUGCGCAGUAAGGACGAAAUGAUUUUGCUCGUGUCCACAGUGAGCCUGUACUGGGAUCUGGUGGACUUCAACAAGAACCUCCGGGCCACCCUGUACCGCACUGAUGACACCUGGUGGCACCGCAAAGUCACCUCCAAUGACAAUGACCCUCUCACCUCCCUGAGCCAGGUCCUGGCCGCCUAUCAGAGCACCCCAUGGACCACUCAGGACCAUGUGACAAUGGUGGCUGGCCAGUGGCUCCAGUUGGUGGGUGCCCUGGUGGACAGCUGGGCCCGGCUGGCCAGGGCAGCCACCAAGCUCCACAACACCUGCACAGAGGCGGCCACUGAGGCAGCACUUACCAAUGAGGACUCGGUGGCCAAGGUGUUCGGGUGGCGGCCGACGGGCUGA